UGUUUUAUUUUGGUUGAAAUCUGUAAACUGUUACUGUGGAAGUGAGGCCCCUGUUAUCCUUGUUGCUACACACGCAGAGGGAAAGUCGGAACAGGAAAAGACUGAAUAUUACCAAGAACUUAUCAACACGUUCCCUAUGUCUUCGACUAUCAAAACACACUUGUCCAGCGAUAGGUAUUUCACAAUAAGUCUGGAAAAGCAUAAUGCAUCUCAUUUGGAAGGUUUAGAUGAAUUAGAAAAAAGCAUUGUAGAAGUAGCAAAGUCACAAAAACAUUGGGGAGAAGAGAUACCCAUGGAUUGGGCUGUAUUUGAGAAAUUCAUUUCAGAAAAAAAAGAUACAAAGCUUCAGAAGCUGGACAAAUUAAAGGAAUCAUUUGAUGAAUUGUUACUUAUAAGCAGACAGGAAUUUGAAGACUUAUUACGCUUUUAUCAUGAUAUUGGAUUGAUUCUAUAUUUUUCAUUUAAAGAUCCAAUGAGUGAUGAUGACCCUCAACUUCAUUUUGUUUCUGAAAUUGUUAUCCUUGAUAUUCAGUGGUUUGUCAACUCAUUUAAGUAUGUGAUGACAGAUUCAAAACAAGCCAGUUUCAAUAAAGUAAUAGAUGCGGCUCCCACAAGAGAGGUGCUAGAUACAUUUACAACUACAGGGGAGAUCUCUGGCACGUUCUUAAAAGAAAUCUGGACAGCUUCGAAAAAUCAAACAGCAGUGGAAUACAAGGAUGAUAUGGUGAAAUACAUGGAACGAUUGGGCCUCAUGGCGAUAGAAGAAAAGUCAGAUAUAUGUUUUAUUCCAAGCAUGAAUAGAAUGAAAGUUCCACUCCUUGUUAAAUCAAAGAUUCAUUCACGUCCAAAGAAAUCACCAACUCUGUACUUGAGAUUCCCUGUUCUGCCUGUCUUUCUCUUCUACAGGCUGAUUGUGCUUUGUUUAAAGUCGCACUGGAAACCAUUGAGCGACGGAAGAAAAUGUAUAUAUAUUGACACAGCUAUGUUUUAUUUUCAAGAACAUAUUUUAGUUUUAGGAGUAAGUGAGAGUUACAUACAGUUGAUGUUGUAUAAUGAUGAUAAUCUGACACAAGAGGAAUCAAUACAAACGGCUUUUAGUGAAGUUAAAAAAAAAGUAAAGAUUAUGUUGUCCUCUCUUACAAAAACAUUUAACAGCAACCUUAAUUAUGAGGCUGGAUAUAGCUGCGCAUACACACCUACAGAUUUUGGUGAAGAGCUAGGCAACACUUUUAUAACAGAGGAGGAUUUGUUUAGGAACCGCGGAAUAAAAUGUCCCCUCCACGCACUUGCAGAAGACCAUAAUAUUGGAUUUCUAAGAAUAUUCUUGGUAAGAAAUUCUUGUUAUUAA